AUGGAUCCUCAGCUCGGUUCUUCUAACCAGUUCAAGGAGACAUGGAAGCAUACACUUCUUUUGUCAUUUCAGAGCCUUGGAGUAAUAUAUGGUCAACUGAGUACUGCUCCCUUAUAUGUCUUUGGGACAAUGAUUGCAGAAGAUAUCAAAUCAGAGGAGACUGUUUAUGAACUAUUCUCCUGUAUUUUCUGGACUAUUACCAUCAUUUCUUUACUCAAGUAUGCCUUUAUAGUAUUAAGAGCUGAUGACAAUGGAGAAGGUGGUACUUUUGCUUUGUAUUCACUCCUGUGUAGGCAUGCUAAAGUGGGUCUGCUUCCAAAUGACACAAGUGCUAAUGAGGUUAUGCAUUAUGAGACGGGAAGUCCUUUCAAGAUAAAGGUGGAAUCAAGGGCUAGAAGAGCCAUUGAGAAACAUAAAAGUAGCCACUAUUUAAUGUUGUUCCUUGCUCUGUUCGGUUCCUGCAUGACGAUCGGUGUUGGGGUGCUUACCCCAGCUCUAUCUGUGUAUUCAGUUUCAUCAGGUGUUCAAAGAUCAAUGUCAGAUAUGGCACACUUAUUUUCAUCUUCACCAAGAAAACAGGAGGCCAUAUCAAAUGCUUUUGAGAAAUAUGUACCAGUUCCAACGGCAUCUGCUAUAUUGGUGUGCCUCUUCACACUACAGCACUAUGGGACUCAUAAAAUUGGGUUUAUUUUUGCUCCAAUUAUUGUCAUUUGGCUGAUAUUCAUCGGUGGAGGCGGUGUAUAUAACAUUUUCCACUGGAACGAACAAAUUAUCCAUGCUGUCUCCCCAAUGUACAUGUACAGAUUUGUUAAGAACAUUGAAAUCAAAAGUUGGAGGUCUCUAGGCAGCAUCGUUUUGUGUGUAGCAGGAUCAGAGGCAAUGUUUGCAGAUCUAGGUCAUUUCAGAAAGAAAUCGAUCAAGAUUACAUUUGUAUGCUUGAUUUAUCCAGUCCUUGUUUUAUGCUAUGCCGGCCAGGCUGCAUAUAUCUCCAAAAACUUGCAUGUUGCAGAUUUCAAUCAUCUCAGUGAAUCCAUCCCCCACCAAAUUCGCCACUGGUUCAUAGCAUUAUCCCUUCUUGCUUCAGUGGUGGGAAGCCAAGCAACCAUAACAGCCAGUUUUUCCAUCAUAAAUCAGUGCCUAGCACUUGGUUGUUUCCCCAGAGUAAAAGUUAUUCACACAUCAGAUAGGAUACAUGGGCAGGUUUACAUUCCUGAUAUCAACUGGCUAUUGAUGGUUCUAAGCCUCGCUGUUACAAUUGGUUUUCAUGAUAUUAUGAGAAUUGGUUCUGCCACAGGUUUGGCCGUAAUUUCUGGAAUGCUCGUAACGACUUGUCUCAUGUCACUCGUAAUUGCCCUGUACUGGGAGAAGAAUUUGUUCGAAUCUGUCUGUUGUCUGAUAUUCUUUGGAUCCAUUGAGGUAAUGUAUGUAUCAGCUUGUAUGUUGAAUUUCCAUAAGGGAGCUUGGUAUUUGGUUGUCCUUUUGGCAUUGUCCUUGACGGUCAUGCUUUCAUGGCAUUAUGGAACCAAGAAGAAGCUCGAAUUUGACUUACAAAACAAGGUAUCUGCAGAAUGGCUUACUGAUAUUAGCCCAGGCCUGGGGGUUACCAGGGUUCCCGGCAUUGGUUUCAUUUAUACUGAUAUAGUGACAGGAAUUCCAGCUUUCUUCUCACACUUCAUUACCAACAUUCCUGCAUUUCACCAAGUUUUGAUCUUCGUGUCGUUCAAGUCCCUACCAAUGCCUUAUGUCCCUGCAAGUCGGAGGUAUCUUAUUGGCAGGGUUGGCCCAAAAGAUUUGAAGAUUUAUCGGUGUGUCGUGAGAUAUGGAUACUGUGAUCCUAUUAGGGACACUGAUAAUUUUGAAGAACAGAUUAUUAGUUCAAUCGGAGAGUUCAUUACCAUGGAAGAAAAUGAGUUUGAAUCCCUGAAUUCAUCCGAAGGAAGAAUGGUGGUUGUUGGAAAGCCACCAGCUGAUGGAAGCGCUUUGAUUCCAUUGAAUGAAACAAACUCAGUAGAGGAGUCCGUGAGCUUGGUGAGCAAUAUUGAAACUCAGCUAGCUCCAAUGGUGGCCGAUGCAGUGGAGAGUGGUUUGGGUUCAGUGAUGAGAAAAAAGGUGCGGUUCAUGUUGCCGGCGAAUAGUCCGAAAAUGCGAGCAUCUGUUAGGGAUGAGCUGCAAGAACUAAUAGAUGCAAGGGAGAGUGGCACAGCGUACUUCCUGGGGCAGGUGCAUUUAGCAGUGCGUGAUGGCUCAGACGUUUUGAAGCGCUUUCUGAUCAUGACUUAUGCGUUUUGUGAUAAAAAUUGCAGAGAGCCUCCAGUUGCUCUCAACAUUCCUCAUGCCGCUCUUGUUGAGGUUGGUAUGGUCUGUUGCAUAUAA